CUUUAGCGGAGGGGUGUUAUUGUGGCGGCCCGGCCCUCAGCACCAAGCCUCUGCUUAGUGUUUAAAGAUGGCGGCGGCGGCGGCUGCAUUAGGGCCAGCGGCGGUGGCGGCGGGAGGCGUCGGUUCCUCCUGGGCCUCGGUGCCGAGGGGCCGCUUCCCGGGGCGUCCGGGCGGGUGCCGCGCUCGGGGCUCCGGGGCCGGGAGCCGCGCGCGGGUCUCGCUCUUGGCGCCGCGGCUGCUGCUGUGGGCCGCCUCCGGGGAGAAAGAGAGGGCCGCGGCCGUGGCGGCGACGGUGGCCGGGGACACCACCCUGGGGAGCCUGCUGGGCCUCAGCCGGAGCUGGCGCCGCCUCCAGGGCCUCCUCGGGGACGGCGGCGGCAGCAGCAGCGAGGAGGAGGAGGAGGAGACGGAAGAGUUCCUGGGCUUCCAUGUGGAGGAAAAAGCCACCCAGAGCUCACGACGUGCUGCGUUGCGAUCUAAAAGAGGUGCAGCUCUACCAGUGCAUGGUAGGAAAAAGAGAGCAGUUGUCAGGGACACUCUUCCAAAGAGGCUGAUCAAGCAGAAGGCUGUGGAGUCCCAGCGGGAGCGAAUGGUAAAGGCCUUGGCUGAACUGCUUCAAAGGAACAAGAGAUCUUCAGCAAGGAUGGGCCGGCUGCCAGCUUCUGGCCCUAAAGUUAGCAGGAUGGUUCCUGAGCAGACUAAACCAGACCCAGAGUCUGGCAAUUCUGUAAAAUCUAAAAUCUGUUCCACCCUCGCAUCACAAGUAGAAAAAACCACCAACUCCAUUGUGUCACCCAGGCCGCGAGGACGACCACGGGGUUCCUCCAGAAAAAGACUUGUUAAAGAAGCUGAGCCUCAUUGUGAAAGCACCAAAGCUCCAUCUUCUAUCCCAGAACCCAUUAGAAACCUUCAUUCGUCUUCACCAUGCCAAGUGGACAGUCUGUCUUCUCAGCCCGUUGAACCUUCAAAGAAACCACCGCUCAUCUUGAAGUUCUUCUCAAAGGCUAGGCGGCACAAAUCUGGCCAAUUGGUGGUAACUCAUGUCCGGCUAAAGACACCUGGCCAUAGAAGGGGCCGUAAGAAGAAGUGGAGUGUUGUGCCCAGAAAAAAAAUGUCUCCCAUUCCUUCUCGGUCCGUUUCAGAAUCUGAGGCUCCUUUGUCAGACUCAGAGGCUUCUGCCCCAGAACCAGAGCAAAAAGAGGAGUCUUCUGCUUCACAGUCACAGCCUCCUGAGGUGCUUACUCCAGAUUCAGAGCCACAGCCUGGACCUUCUAUCCCAAAGCCAGAGCCACAGCCAGAGGUGGUAAUUCAAGAACUAGAACCAGAUCAGCUACCAGAGAUUUCCCUGAAGCCAGUAACCUCUAAGGUAGAGCCACAGGCUCUGCCACAAGUUGUAGAUGUUCUUGCUUUGUCCAAUGAGGCAUCCUGGAAAGAAUCACAGCAGCCUUGUCCACAGAAUGAUGGGGCUGGAAGCCUUUCAGAGGAGGGAGCUUCAAUCAUUGCCCAUUCCACACGGGCACAGUGUUUGAAAAGAGGCCGUGGUCGGCCACCUCUCACCCCAACCCAGCGAGCCCAGCGUAUGGCUACUCAGCAGCUACCAACCAAAGCUAAGGAAGAAGGUUUGGGGGUUGCUCAGCAACCUGGCAUUACUUGCCAAGAGGAAGCAUUGGCUCACAAGACCACCUUUUUAAAGAAUAUUCGCCAGUUCAUCAUGCCUGUGGGAUGUCAAAGUGUCAGGGCUGGGGACUUUGAGAUACCAAAGGGCCCAGCUGAGCAGGCCAUGACGUCUGAACUCAAAACAGAAGACAGGAAAGAGGCCAGAAAACAGGGCCAAGAGUCCCCAGUGCAAGGUCCUCGGAUCAAGCAUGUGUGUCGGCAUGCCUCAGUGGCCCUGGGACAGUCUCGGGCCAUGGUGCCAGAGGAUGUACCACGCCUCAGUGCCCUGCCACUGCGGGAAAGGGAGGAGAUUGCCGCAUCACCCACCAUAGAGGGUGAGUGGCUCUAUGAAACUUCUUCAGCCUCUGAGAGUGAGAGUGGCCACCAGAAGCAAGUGAAGGUAGAUGCUACCAUCAAAGCUGUGCCACCCCCAGUGCGCCGCCAUGUCUCCCACCAUCAUGGCAAGAAGAACCGAAUGGCACGCUGUGGGAAGUGCAAGGGCUGCCUGAAGUUGCAAGAUUGUGGGGAAUGCAACAACUGCCUAGACAAGCCAAAGUUUGGUGGGCCAAACACCAAGAAGCAGUGCUGCGUGUAUCGGAAGUGUGACAAGAUUGAAGCACGGCGGGUGGAGCGGCUGUCUAAGAAAGGCCGUCCUGUAGUGAAGGCCAUCGUUUCCUGGGAUUCAGAGGAUUCUGGAGAGGCAUUUCCAGCCCCCUUGGAGGUCAUGCUGGGGGCCACAGAGACAGCCGAGCAAGACUCCUUGCUGCAGCGCAAGUCAGCCCGGCGCUGUGUCAAACAGAGGCCCUCGUAUGACAUAUUUGACUCCUCCGACUCGGACACAGAACCAGUGUCUGGCUCAGCUACGCAUCGCCGGAAAUCCUCCCGGGAUUCAGAUUUACUUCCCAUGGAUUCUGAGGAGCAAAGUCGACCCCGAAAAACCCCACUUCAGCCUGUGGUGCAGUUAAAAGCCAGAAAGAAGCCUGAGAAGGUGAGGCUUCAGCGAGGGGAUGUCCCCUUUUCUGGCACAUUCCCAUCAUUGUCCAGCGGCUGGAAUGGGAAACAGAAAUCAACAGAUGGCAUCCACCGGCUCAGGGUUGAUUUCAAGGAAGACUGUGACCUAGAGAACGUCUGGUUGAUGGGUGGCCUCAGCAUCCUCACUUCAGUACCAGUAACCACACAGCUGGUGUGCCUGCUAUGUGCUAGCAAAGGCUUCCAUCAGCUUGUGUUCUGCCAGGUGUGUUGUGACCCUUUUCAUGUCUUUUGCCUGGAGGAGGAUGAACAGCCACUGCCUGAGCAGGAGGAGAGCUGGUGUUGCCGUCGUUGCAAAUUCUGUCAUGUCUGUGGCCGCAAAAACAAGGCAUCCAAGCAACUGCUGGAGUGUGAGCGCUGCAGGAACUGCUAUCACCUGGCUUGCCUGGGACCCAACUAUCCCACUAAACCUUUCCGUAAGAGGAAAGGCUGGAUCUGUUCAGCCUGCAUCCGCUGCAAGAGUUGUGGGACAGCUCCAGGGAAGAACUGGGACACUGAGUGGUCGAGUGACUACAGCUUGUGUUCUGCUUGCUCUGUGCUGUAUGAUAAAGGAAACUACUGUCCAAUCUGCUUACACUGCUAUGAAGACAAUGACUAUGAGAGCAAGAUGAUGCAGUGUGCCAAGUGUGACCACUGGGUUCAUGCCAAGUGUGAGGGACUUUCAGAUGAGGGCUAUGAGAUCUUGUCCAACUUGCCUGAGAGUGUUGUAUACGCUUGCCGGCCCUGCUGUGGUAGUGACAAGGCCAAGUGGCGAGAGGUCCUCAGCUUGGAGCUGCGCAAGAGCCUCCGGCAGGUGCUUCAAGGACUAAUGAGCUCCAAGUGUGCCACCUCAUUGCUGCAGUGCACACAGUGUUGCCCGGAUGAUGGUGUAAAGGUUCACCUGGGGCCCUGUGACCUACGCACUGUCAACAAGCUUUUUGAACAGGGUCACUACUCAUCUGUGCACAGCUUCAAUGAGGACAUGGUAGGAGUCCUGUUGUGGCAAACAGAGGAUCAGCAGAACAACCUUACUGCAAAGGCACUCUAUCUUGAGCUAAUGGGAAAGUUCUUCAACUGGUUUGAUGCUCAAGAUGCAAAGCACUGGACGCAUAACAGCACCCUUCCCAAUGGCAUGCUUCCCAAUGCUGUCUUGCCUCCUUCCUCUGACCACAUCUAUGCUCAAUGGAGGCACUCGGAGGAGGUCAUCCCAGCUACUAAUAGUCAUUUGACUUACACUGUUCCUGAAAAAAUGGCUCUGAAAGAUGAAGAUCACACCUCAAUGCAGCAACCAUUGGCUGACUCUGAGGACAAGAGACAGUGUGUCCUGUGCCUCCAGUAUGGUGAUGCUCCCUCCAAGGAUGCAGGCAGGUUACUGUACAUUGGCCAAAAUGAAUGGACUCAUGUCAACUGUGCUAUCUGGUCAGCUGAGGUCUUUGAGGAGAAUGAUGGCUCCCUAAAGAAUGUGCAUGCUGCUGUGGCCCGGGGUCGGCAAAUGCGCUGUGAACAUUGUCAACGUAAUGGGGCCACAGUUGGCUGCUGCCUCUCUACAUGUGUCAGCAACUACCAUUUUAUGUGUGCUCGCUUCCGCCAGUGCACUUUCCAGGAUGACAAGAAAGUCUUCUGCCAGAAGCAUGUUGAUCUUCUGGAUGGGGCGGAAAUUGUUGCUGAAGAUGGGUUUGAUGUCCUGCGCCGUGUCUAUGUUGACUUUGAAGGAAUCAGCUUCAAGAGGAAAUUUAUGGUGGGCCUGGAACCAGACACCGUCAACAUGAUGAUAGGUUCUAUGAAGAUAGACAGUUUGGGAAUGCUGACAGACUUGUCGGAUUGUGAGGGACGCCUCUUCCCUGUAGGCUACCAGUGUUCCCGGAUGUAUUGGAGUACAGUGGAUGCUCGCAGGCGGUGCUGGUAUAAGUGCCGUGUCUUGGAGUAUCGCCCAAAGCAGAGCCAGGAGGAGCAAGAUGCAUCAGGAGAGCAGGAAGAGAACCACACUAUUGUCCACAGUCCUGCCGCAGAUUCAAGUAUAGAAGACAAGUGUCCUCAGGAUGCACCCACUUCCAUGCCACCCCUGGAGCAUCACUCUCCUGCCCAGACCCCUGGGCCUCGGCCACCCCCGGAACCUGCUGCCUCGAAGCCUAAAUUUCUCACUGGAGCUCGCAUCAAAGUGCCCAACUACUCCCCUACUCGGAGGCCCAUCAGUGGCGUGUCAUCCCGCCCUUUGCCAUCCCCUGGGAGUGCAUCUUCCAUGUCUCAUCACAUCUUGACUGUGGGUGAUCCAGAUUUCCCUCCUCCACGCCGUACUCAACGUCUCAGCCCCCUGUCCCCUAGCAGUGUCCUCCGGACCCACAGGUCCUCGUUUCCACCUCAACCCACAGCUAACAGGACUAGUCCCCCUAGCACCUCUCUCAGGGCAAUGCCUUCCCUCCCAGACAACUCUACAGCUGGGAGUGAAUUCAGGCAAAAUUCUACCUCUGAUGGGCAGCGGACCUCACCUACCUCACCCCCUCCUUCACCCCCACCUGUGCCGCCAGAGCUGGCUUUUGAGCUCAAUGUCUCUGACCUGGAAUUUGAUGAUAGCCUCCUGGACGAGCCUUUCCAGGAAGAGGAGCUUGAAGUACCACGGACAAGUCCCCCCUCACCUAGCCUGGGCCUGCCCCAGUUGGAUGAGCUGGGUGAUGGUGAGAGCGAGGAGGAAGGCGAGGCCAGCCGAUACUUUCGCUUCCCACGCACAGUGGUGACACGAGAGUCACCUCUCCCCUCUUACCCCCUGGAUCUCCCGUUGCCCCACAUUAACCAGCUGGACGGCAUAGAUGAUGGCACUGACAGUGAAGCCGAUGCAGCUGGGGGACACCCCCCUGCCAAGGGCAAACAAGCUGAGCCAAGAGUUGAGUGCGAACUGGCUGGACCUGCUCCUGCUCCUGAGGACUUGCCUUCUGACAUUGUGGACUUUGUACUAAAGAACAUGGAUGACCCUGAGAGUAAGGCCCCACUGCCUUCCUGUCUCAAUCCAAUGCCACUGCCUCCAGCACCUGCUACCUCCACCAGCCUCAAUGGCACUGAAUCAGCCCACCAUAACCCUGCCCCAGAUCUGACCCCAACUGUAACCCUUAGUUGUGCUCAGGUGCCAGGCAUCCCUGAGGUACAAGUGCUGGGACCUGAGGGGCAAAAGCCUAGUUCCAGAAUCAUUCUUUUGAAUAAAAUGGGACAGAUGUGUGUAAAAGUGCAGGGUGAAGAAGGCGUUCUGAACUCGCAAGAUGGGGAGCAGGCCUCCAGCUGCGAUGCCAAACUGAAUCCACCACCACCACCCACACCUGCACCCAGCCUUGGCACAGUCAUUUUACGGGCACCUCUGGGCCUGACUCCAAACUCAUUGCCCACUUGGACAAUUCGAGGUCCAGUACUCAGUAUGGUGCCCAUGGUGAAUGUGGUGGGCACCACAUCUCAAGCUGUUGGUGGUGGGCAGUUGGCACUGGGUGCCCCGGCUUUGGUAACACCCUCUCUGGGUCUCCAGCAGACCUGUCUCUUUCAGCCUGUGGCUGUGAAUUCUGGCGUGCUGAGCAUUCCUGGUUUGAUGUCCUUGCCUGGUCCCCGCCCAGCCAUCCGUGUCAAGAGAGUCUCCACAUUUGUAGGAAAUGUACCUGUCAAGAAGGUGAAGCUGGAUGGAGUCAAUGAAGAGGAGCCAUUGCCUGUGUCACCUACAGUUAUUCCUGAUCACUUGGUUAAUAACUGCAUUUCCGACAAUACUGUAGGCUUUGGCAUUGGGAGGGUGCGGAUGAAGACUCCCACGACAAAGUGUGUACUAGACCUGGAUGAGCUUAAAGAGGAGACAGACACUGUUGGAGAGAGUGAGCUUUCCCCAAUGGAGCAUUCUCCUUGUUUGGGAGCAUUGCACUCCUGUCCUGGAAGCCCAGAACAGAACCAGGAGCCUCUCUUGGAACCAGCAUGGCAUAGAUAUGCAGGUACAGGGGAACUGUCCAGUUCUGAUGAGGACAACAUUCACCAGGAAGACAAAGAGAAUGUGAUGCCUCGCAAGACACAACCCCACCUUUGUUUCGAGAUCACCAGUGAGGAUGGCUUCAACGUGCAGGCUGACACCAUUGAUGGUGCCUGGAAAGCUGUUAUUGAAAAAGUUCAAGAGGCUCGCAUCAAUGCCCGGCUCAAACAUCUGUCAUUUGCAGGCAUGAAUGGCGUGCGCAUGUUGGGGAUGCACCACGAUGCUGUCAUCUUCCUGGUGGAACAGCUGUAUGGUGCCAAGUCCUGCCACAAGUACAAAUUUCGCUAUCAUCAGCAUGAAGGUGAGGAGGAAGAGCUGCCCCUCAAUCCUCAUGGCUGUGCUCGGGUUGAAGUCUAUGCCAGGAAAUGCACCUUUGAUAUGUUCAAUUUCCUGGCCUCACAACAUCGUGUUCUUCCUGAGGGAGGCCCCUAUGAUGAAGAAGAAGAUGAAGUACAGCUCAAAUCCACCAGGCGAGCUACCAGCCUGGAGCUUCCCAUGGCAAUGCGGUUUCGACAUCUAAAGAAAACCUCCAAGGAAGCUGUGGGCGUAUACAGGUCAGCCAUCCAUGGUCGAGGUCUCUUCUGCAAGCGCAACAUUGAUGCAGGCGAGAUGGUUAUUGAGUACUCAGGCAUUGUUAUCCGUUCAGUGCUUACGGACAAGCGUGAAAAAUACUACGACAGCAAGGGCAUUGGAUGCUACAUGUUCCGCAUUGAUGACUUUGAUGUGGUGGACGCCACAAUGCAUGGCAAUGCUGCCCGCUUCAUCAACCACUCCUGUGAGCCCAACUGUUACUCGCGUGUCAUCCAUGUCGAGGGCCAGAAACACAUUGUGAUUUUUGCCCUGCGGCGGAUCUUCCGGGGUGAGGAACUGACCUACGACUACAAAUUCCCCAUUGAGGAUGCUGGGAGCAAGCUGCCUUGCAAUUGUGGAGCCAAGCGUUGCCGUCGCUUCCUCAACUAAAAGACUCAGCCCUAUCCAGAUUUCCCAGAGGCAUGUGCUGUCCCAGCACCGCCCUGAUGUUGGGUGGCAUGCUGAAUGGCAUGGAGGGAAUUUAACCUCGCCAUUCCUUUCCAAGCAGGACUGUCUUAUCUCUCGAGUGUAGUCACAGAAUUGACAGUGACUCAUCUCCAAGGAGCAACUGCUAUACCCCUUUUCUGUGGACUGCAGAAGAAGCUAUUGGCAGUGGUCUCGUCACUUUUGAGUCUGUGGCUUAAAGUUACAAUAAGCAGAGAUAUGGGGCAAGUAUGGGAUGGGUGACCCCUUACUUGUGCCCAUCUGCUUUAUAGUCCUAAUAUUCCCCCCCUCCCCUUCCUCAUUUAUGGGGUAAGAAUAUCCUUUUAAUUUUGUACUUCAGAUUUUUGUGAUUUCCCCCUUCCCUCGGCAUUAGGUUCUCUGUUUAAAAAAGAAAAAACUUCUGACCCAGGAGGAUGUAAAUAUUUGUACAAAUUUCUAAACCUGUUUAUUUUCUAUGCACUUUUUUAUUUAAGAUGCUCAGUCAACUCAGAUGGUAAAGGGUUGGAUUCUUGUUGGUAUAAUUUUAAAUAAAAUGCAAUUUUGACACGAC